CAUGGCCAGCUAUAUCAUGCCGCCGUCUUGAGGUUGACGUCUGGUCACCCGUACGUCCAGCCAUUGACGCUUCAUCGACAAGAUACCGCAAGGCCUCUUCGAUCGCCAUCGGAGGCAUGACACGCUGCUGCGCAACUCCGUCUUUCCUCCCCCCUACAAAGGACAGUAUGCUACCGGUGUUGAAGACGCAGAAGCAGAAGCAGAAGUGGGCCGUCAUUCGGCAGACCCAGACUCGGAGUCAAGGUCACAUUGGAGUAGUCGAUUGGCGCCUCACGGGCAUUACGGAGGGAGGUAUUCCCUGGAAGUCCGAAGAAACCUCAAACAUCCUAGUUAGGGAGAACGUACCGAGCCGUCCGCAGGCUAAGAGGAAGAAACGGCCCGCGACGGAUGCUGAUAACGAUGUUGGCAACAACGGCGCAUUGGACAUUGUUGCUCGCCCGAUCAAGAAAUCCCGAACGGUCCAUCAUCGCGUCAGCGCUGCCUCCGCCGAUGCGAUACUUAAAUCGUGGCACUUCGACAACCCUGGUUCGGAUCUGGCUACCACAGCUGGCCCUGCGGAAGCCUCUGGGCGCCCCGCUUGGACGGACACCACGUUGACAGUGGCCAACCUGCCAAUGGAGCCGCCAGCCGGCGGGAUACCGCCUUCGCGCAGGAACGCGCCAUUCCUUGCUGUAUCGCCCGCGAUUGGCCCUACACAGCAACGCUCCUCAGUAGAUGCUCGCCCUCAAUCUGAAGCGGGGCCUUACGGGGACAACACGACACGCCCGCAUGUCGUGCCGCCUAGCCACUCUCCAGUACCGAUUGACUGCGCCUACUUCGAACGACCUUCACAAGAGAUGGCUCACGUGACCGUUCCAUCACCGUAUGCGUUGAACGUCGCAGGAUCGUGGCGGGACGAUCCUGGCUUCCAGACCAAUAUGUGGCACCAAGCUCAAUCCACGUACCGUUCGACAACAGUGGCUACAUACCCCGCGAGCGAGAUGUCGCUCCCACCCACGUCUGGAACCUCUGACUCGGACGCCUAUGCCGAUGCUCAACCUGUUCAAUUCGGUGUGAAUAUGCUUGCCGCAGACAUCCGGAAGAUCCGCGCCCAAGUGUUCCUCGAGAAUCUAGCCCCAUCAAUGGCGGCCUAUCGUGGCGAUGAAGCGCCAACGCUACCAAGGGAAUUCUGGGACGCGGUAGCCACAUUCGUGGCUAGCAAUGCCGGGCCCGGGCUCACUUGACGAAGUGGACUCUGCUGUGGACGCGUGUCGCCUCCACCUUCACGGCUUUGAUCACGAAUAGCUCAUAAUCUCGUUGCUGGUACUUACGAUGUAUCGGAC